UUUUCGUUCACAGAAUCGUUGAAAAGAGAAGAAAACAAAUAUCAGCGUCGUCGCGACGUCAUCAGUGCGCGACGUAGCAUGCAGGACUGUGAAGGACGCCGCUGAGAAGCUAAAGAUGAACUAAGUCAAAUACAAAGGACGUUGUUGUGAUGGCAGUGUCGUGUCUAACCCGAGCCCUGCGCUCCCUGACUCUCUCCCAGCCUGCUCUGCUCUCCUCACAGACUAAGCUGGGAACUCAGGUGUCCAGUACAGUCGCACAAUGCAGAGGAUUCCUCACCACAGCCUCUCUGGAGAACAACAGGACAUAUUGGAAGGAGAGGGAGAAGUACACCGUCAAGCCUAUUGGAAUGAAAAAGACAGGAGGCCGAGAUUACACAGGAAGGAUACGCACACAUGGCAUCGGCGGUGGUCAUAAACAAAAAUACCGGUGGAUAGAUUUCCAACGACUCCGUUACGAGCCCAACAAAGAGGCCAAGCCUUUUGAUGAAAAAGUUGUUGAAGUGCGAUACGACCCAUGCAGGUCUGCUGAUAUUGCGCUGGUAGCUGGAGGUAACCGGAAAAGAUGGAUCAUUGCCACAGAGAAGAUGCAGGCUGGAGACGUCAUUAAAACCUCCGCAGUUAUCGGACGCAUGGCUGUGGCAGCCAAUGAGGGGGAUGCCUACCCACUGGGAGCUCUUCCUAUAGGGACGCUUGUGAACAACCUGGAGGUGAAACCAGGGAAGGGAGCAGAGUACAUUCGUGCUGCAGGCACGUGUGGUAUUUUGCUCCGUAAAGUGAACGGAACAGCAAUCGUUCAGCUUCCCUCAAAGCAGCAGGUUCAGGUGCUGGAGACCUGCAUGGUAACUGUGGGACGUGUAUCCAACGUUGACCACAAUAAACGGAUCAUCGGCAAAGCCGGUCGCAACCGCUGGCUUGGCAUUCGGCCUUCAAGCGGCUUGUGGCAGAGGAAGGGAGGCUGGGCGGGACGCAAGAUUAAACUGCUGCCUCCGAUGAAGAGUUACGUCAACCUGCCCUCAAUCUCAGCUAACUAACACAGCAUGAGUCUGGACAUGUUUUAGUGGACUGCAGAUUGUUGUCUUUGGCUCGUAGUCGCCUUGUAAUAUUAUUCUGGAGACGACAUGAAUAAAGACAAGCUGUUUGUACAGAAGAUUAAAAAUUUUAUUAAACACAAA